GUGUGCUUGUAUUUGAUACAUAGUGUGUGUGUGGCUCUGGGUUUGAAGGGGAGGGCUGACUUUGCAGCAGCAUUUGCAACCUGCAAGAAAAGACAAGAGCUCAAAUGUGUCAGGACAGCAAACUGAACUUUCUCUGAAAACACCAAGGUGUGUUCUGUGGAUUCCAUGGCUCUUCUCACCAACAUAGCCAUCCUGAUGGUGCUCGCUUGUGUUUCCCAUCAGAUGAUGUUGGGCAGCUGUCAGAAGAGCCACGGACGUAGAGGACGGGGGGACAGAGGACAUCGUAAGGAAAGAUCAGGACUGAGCCGUGUGAAACCUGUUGGAGACAAACUGGUCACCAAAGAUGGUUCCCGUUGCACCUGGACUGCAACAGACAAUGAUCCGUUGUUCCUCUUCGUUACUUGCAAAAAGGGGGAAAAGAGCUUCAACUGUAGAUAUGUGGCCAGACCAGCUCUUUGUCCCCAAUAUACGUCCAACACUUUGCUCUACUGGAAGCAGAUUACCAGGGCUCUGAAGAAGCAAAACAGCCUCUGUCAUAAUGAAAAGUUACUGGUGAGGGCAGGCGUGUGCAAACAGGCCCCCCGAGAGGCUCACUUUAGGCUCGUAGUUGUCCAGAAGACAGUGACUCCCUCGCCUUACAUUCCAGCAGCUCCAGUCACAGCCGCCAAAUCCUGCCUGCCCAAGAACAAGAAGCUGGCCAAAGAGUUCUGCAGCGACUCCUGGUCUAGUGUUUGCACAUUUUUUUCCACCAUGGUGAACAAUUAUGAUUGCUGAGAUAGAAACAAGCUUGGCUUGUGUGGUCACUUCAGAACAUACAGUAUUUAAGUGUAUACUUCAUGUAGCUGGUGGUCUUGUAAAAAGAUUAUAAGAGACUUAACUUGGAAAGUGAUAGUCACUGCACACUGUUUACUCUAUUUGCAUACAAAUAUGUAUUUAUGUGAUAGAAACUGAAAUGUUAUGUGAACUUUAAAGUCAUUUUUUUCCCGUUGUGAUGAUGAACAAUUAAAUCCAUCCAAAAUAAAUCAUAGCCGUUCACACAA